AUGGAUAACCCAGUUCUCGACGUUUCCUUACAAGAGGAAGCAUUGGAAACAAAAGUAGGCCAGAAUCUUGCCGUACCCUCAGACAAACAAGAAGUUUUGACCACGGAGGCCGAUGUUCUGGACAAUGAUGAAAAUGUUGUUGACUUGGAUGAAAAUGACCCCGAACACCCCCUCAAUUGGCCCUUAUGGCGAAAAUGGUCAAUUGUUAGCUGUACUGCAUUGAUGUUCAUGUUAUGUAACUUGGGGACUAUCACCAUCGUUCCAGCAGUACCACGAGUAAUGGAGGAAUUUCACGUUACAAACAAGCUAUACUCAACUUUACUCGUGUCGAUUUGGGAACUCGGUGAAGCUGUUGGACCCUUUUUAGUGGGACCCCUAUCUGAAUUCUAUGGUCGAAUGCCCGUAUAUCACGCUGGAAAUAUUCUCUUUAUCCUGUGUCUCACAGGAGGCGCCUUGAGUACCAACAUGUCGAUGCUCAUUGCCUUUCGUUUCUUGUGCGGGUUUGUCGUCUGCUCAGUAACCUUGGGGCCCAGUAUCGUCGGGGACCUCUUCAGGAAAGAAGAUCGAGGUACCGCCAUGUCAGUAGCUAUUGCAUUUCCACUACUCGGACCAUUCGCCGGACCAAUUGUCGGUUCUUAUAUAACAGAAGCAAAGGGCUGGCGGUGGAGCAUCUGGAUCGUCGUUAUUGCUGUGGGAGCAGUGACUUGCUUCGGGUUUCUUACUUUCAGGGAAACAUACAAGGUGAAAUUAGUGCAGCAGAAAACAGAACGGCUCCGCAAAAUCACAGGCAACAAAAAUCUGAGGUCGAAAUAUACAAGUCCGGAGAAGCAUGCCGAUAUAAAGGACUCUUUGCUAAGGCCAAUCAAAAUGCUUUUCUUGUCGCCGAUUGUGUUUAUCAUAUCUUUCUUCACGGCUUUGGUUUAUGGAAUCUCCUAUGUUAUUCUCACUACACUCACUCCAAUCCUAGAGGAUGAUUACGGACUUGGUCAAGGUCCCGUAGGCCUUGCAUUUCUGGGAAGAGGUAUGAAUUUCCUGUUCUUUCGCUGA